AUCACCCAACUCCGAGAAGUGUGGCUCAACCCUGAAGGGAAGUGCUGCAUUUACAAUCGUCCAUUUAUUGCCACGCGCGCGGAAUUACUGCGAAUAUGUCAGUGCAAGCGAUAUCGUCUCCGAAUGCUCGAGUACCUACAGACGUACUCAAAAAGGUUCUGGAAAGCGGUGAGCUCACACAAGAUCUUGAGAAGAGGCUGUUUGAAUUAGCGAGUGUUGCAAAGACAAGAUCGUAUUCGCCUUAUAGCAAGUUCCGCGUCGGCGCUGCUGUAUUGGCGAAGUCAGGCAAUAUCUGGUUGGGGUGCAACGUGGAAAGCGCCUCCUAUGGGGCAACAAGAUGCGCGGAGCAGACUGCGUUUCUCAAAGCUGUGAGCGACGGUGACAACAGGUUUAUCGCAGUUGGAGUAACGACGGAUACAGACGCAUAUAUAUCUCCGUGCGGGAUAUGCAGACAGUUUAUGGUUGAGUGGGGCAAGGAACUCUUGGUGUACAAUUUUAAACCGGAUGGCAGCUUUCGAAAGUAUAAAUUGAAAGAUCUACUACCUGACAGUUUUGGGCCAGAUGACUUGGAUCGACCUCGUGAGGGAAUAUAGCAUUAGUUCUGUAGGAUACUACUAGCAGAAUACGUUUGCUGAAACUUAGUACGCGGCAGGUAUAUUGAAUAAAAUCUUUCACAUGAAUUUCAUCUAAUACAAACUAUAGUAGUUCUAUUUACGUAAAAUGUGCGUUAAUUCGUUCUAGUGUAGGAUGUUCACAUAUUUUCGCCAAAGUAGACCCCGGGAAGCGAAAUUACAGUGCCAGCUGGUACUCCUUUGCUCGGAGCUGCAGGACAAUAGUCCACCGAGUAUAAUGCUCGAAGAUCGCGGCGAUAGGAAUGGGCUCCGGCGGGCACUUCUGCCUGUGAAGACGGAAUGAAUGAAUCCGGUUCAGCAGUGAGAGCUUUUCCUUUUCUAUCGGAAUAUUCAUCUGGUGGCUCGCUUGGGCGAUCUGGUAGAGGUUUGGCAUCUGAUCGUACCGCUGAGGGAGCCUGAACGCUUUUCCUCAGCUGGGGAGUAUUCUUUCGCGUCUUCAUUCGUGUGGAAUGAGAAGGCAGCCUGCCAUAUUCCUCGCUUCGUGCGCGUCUCAGAACCCUUGACGUUUCCACGUCAGGUCCUUCAUCCUCGAUAGUCAUAUUCAUCCACGCCUGGUCCACUGCCUUCAAAAUUGGAUCACGUUCUUUGGCAAACAGGUCCGUAAGACGACUUCUCCAUGUAAGGUCGUCGACAGAUCGACUACGAUUACAAUCGCGCCGUCCUGUGGAUGAUGGCACCUUCUUAGUGAACAAGCGUAUGGAAGAUGUUCCUGGUUUCGAAAGCUGACGGGAGCUGACAAAGUCCGCAGGCGGGUAUUCUAGCUGGGGGGAUGCAGGUAAAGGAGUUGGGAUUACUACCACCUGCUGAUCGAUGGUUUCGAGGGCUUGUUGAGGCAACUUUAAUUGCUUGCCCGAAAAUUUAGUCGGCUUGCGUCUAAGAAGCGCCGAAGCCAUUCUUGGUAGGGAUGAUCGUUUUUGCUCAGGUGGGCCGAUGACUGAUGUCUGCAUUGGUUGGGAAUCCGUGGGGAAAAUGCUGCAAUCAUCCGCCUCUUCCGGCAAAGGCUCAUGCUGCGAGGGCGUUACAAGAUUGUCAGGCAUGUUGCUCACUUCGAAGCUGGUAGCCGGUUGUGAAUCAGAAAUGGAUAGCUCAACCGUUUCUUUCUCUGGUAAAAAUUCUGAUAAAGGCUGAACUAUGUCGUCCACUCCAUUGAAGUUGUAUUCAUCAGCUAAUUUACGUUCAAUGAAAAUCUCAUCAGUCAACCGUCCUUCGUCGAUUUUGACGCAUAUGCCUUGAAAGGAACCCCGCGGUGCAUUCACCAGAGGUGACUGAAUGACAGGCUUCGCUUCAGUUUCACUUUGAAAGGAACCCCGAGGUGCAUCCACUAAAGUUGACUGAACGACAGGUUUCGCUUCAGUUCCACCUUGAAAGGAGCCCCGCGGUGCAUCCACCAGAGUUGAUUGAACGGCAGGUUCGCCUUCGGUUCCACCUUGAAAGGAACCCCGGGGUGCAUCCACCCGAGUUGAUUCAACGACAGGUUUCGCUUCAGGUUCAGACUUUUCCUUUCCUACAUUGGAACCGAGACGCACAACUGACCGCCGAAGUCUGUCUAUCAUGUUUGUCUUCUGAGAACGCUGUUGGUGCCAGAUUGAUUUCCUGGGUGCGUCGGAUAUGGACGGCGGCGGCGGAGGAAUUGAAUGCGAUCUUUCACUGCCCUGAUAUGAUACCCGUGAAGGAGCUCUAGCAGCCGCCAGCUCUUCAACAGUUUGUUGCAAAACAGUCACUUGUCUGCUGAGAGUUUCCAAGAUGGACAGUGUCGAGUCUAGUGCUGCUGAAUUGACUGGUUGUGCGGUAGGAUUCACCUCAGCAGCUAAGGCAGGCACCGCUUCAGGCAUACUCUUUGUCUCACUCAUCGAAGACAGCACCAUCGUGGCCACGGUUUGGAUGUUAGCGGCAACCAUGGUUGAUUCUGCAAUGGCGUUCGUGUGCGCUUCGGUGGCCUUGUCGAAUUUCUCCAGAGUGCAAUCGUCUGCAUGCUUGGGUGGAAUGAUGUCUUCUGGUCUGCGGCUUGCCAGUUCUUGAGUAUCCUUUUCUGAUAUGCUAACCGGUAACGUUGUCGCCUCCUGUAUCGACGGCGGUUGCAUCGCUGGCGUAGUGUUCUCACGGUCAUGGGUGUCAGAAGGCAGCGCUUCUGGCGUCUGUGGAUCAAGCUUUACUUUCUCAUCACGUUUGGCAAAUGCGUCGGUCAGGUGCGUCAGGAGACUGUUCAAUGAUUGCCGCGAAAAUCGGUUACGCUUUCGCUUUUGGCGAGUCGCAUCCAGAUUGGCCGUGGCCGAUAUCUCUUUCUCUGCGCAUCGGGCACAACUUGACCCUGGGCGGUGCGUAACCUCACUGGGUGAGGUCUUGUCGGAAGCAAGCAGUUGCAAUGCAGGGAUCUUAUUGUUCUCUGUAUUGUCAUCUUCGGGUCGAGGUGCCUUCGUGUCGUCAACGUCAUUCGCCUGCUCUUCACAGCCAUCCAUCAUAACCACAGGGGAAAUAUGAUCGACAUCGUCAUCUAUGUGUGCGACACAAUUCGUUGACGGUAUGGAAGGUUGUGAAUUGUCCAAUUCUGGCACAUCCUGAACGUUGUCGGCUGGCGCCUCCACGGUGAUCGAGGCAUCUGCAGUACAAGCCUGCACGGGGGUAAUAUCAUUUUCAAUGCUAUCACACGUCAUUUCGUCCACUGCGUAUGUAUCGGGCGCCGCCGUUUCCACGACCAUAGUGCAACCUUCCAACUCGUUGUUGGAUUCCCGUACUUGGAUGUCCGAUACCGCGAUCUCGGAGAUGGACCUUGUACUUCGACGCAACGUCGAAUUAGGGCGUUUUGGUGUCAGUGUCAGACCAUCUGAGGCUUCAGACGGAUAUCCGUUGGCCGUUUGAGCGUCGUUACUGGGAGGUGCUUUGGAGACCGUACCCGCUUCCGUCGUGUUUUGGACAACAAACGAACAUGAAUCGUCUUUAACCACAGAAUCCUCAUUGUGAUGCGUUUGGUUCAUCAUGUCCUGUUUCUUCGUCUCUGGAACGAUUAUACCAGCUUCUUUUCUGCGUGUAAUAGACCCAGCAGCUUUUGAAGCGUCCAUAGCACUCUUCAACAAGGUAUGUAGCGAUGUCUUCGACCUUCUCACCCUCUCUAUAACUCUGUCGUCCAGUGGGCGUUGGCUGGGGACCGUAUCGGAUGAACGAGAUCGCAUGUUGGCAAGGUCGGGAAUUUUUUCAGAGAACACUCUGGUCGCAAGUUGUAGAGACCGUCGAGGUAGUUUGCUCCCUUCAGAGAUCAUUUUGUUGAUCUUCUCAUUAGAUUUUAAGCCAAGCUGGCCCUCACCCAAGGCAGUCUUUGGUGACCCAUGUUCUUCAGCGCUGCUGCCCUGGGAGGUUUGAGAUUUCGACCGCACGGCAAAUUUCCCAUUGAAAAUGCCAGCAAAUUGAGCAAAAGACGGUCGAGAAUACCUAUCAUCCUCCCAGUCAACUCUGGCCAUUGUGUCUAAAGAGGCUGUAUCGGUCAGAGCAAUGCCAGAGUCUGGGUGCGGCCGAGAUGGCUUGAUGGCUUCUUGUGGCAGACUUGAGUGUGCUCCUUCCGAUGUUACAUUGUCAUUUUGUGGUUUCACCAGAGGGUUUGAGUCCUCCGGAGAGGAGACAGGAAUGGGUUCAAUUUCUCCUGGUGCUAUCUGCCCUGCAGGACUGCGUGGACGUGACUGAACAUCAGGUGUAGGUGAAGUGGAGACGUUUUUGGUGGCGUUGGGAAGGGAAAGCGACAGCUCUUCAACAUGGUUGUUGGAGCCAUCGACGUGUGUCGCGAGAGCAGGGUGUCGUGGAACUUCAUCAUUCCCGGACUGGAGAAAAGACAUUGAAAUGUUUGAUUCCGGACUUUCCGCACUGCUCAAACCAGCGUCGACGUCAUGGUCUUCAAGAUUUGUCGCUUUACUGUUGGAUGCAACGCCGAAAUCGAUGGAUGAAUUAUCCUCCACUGUUUGUAAAGGCGGCACAUGAGUGACAGAAGGCAGCACCUCUUGCGGGACUGCGGCUUCUAGAGGAGUCACGACCGUUGAUUCAGACUGUGUAUUUUGCGCCAACGUCACGUCCGCGUGGUACAUUUCAAUUGACGCUGGGACGGAGACUGUCUCGACUACAGGGAGCGGACAUUCAUCCUCAGACCGCGUGUCAAUGCCGGUCAGAACGCUGUCCGCUGGCGGUACACGGGAUGGCAUGUUAUCCACAGUAGUAGAAGACGACAAAGAAAACUUUUGUACAAGCGUCUUGACUGACACAUGCGUCGGGUAGGAGUCCACGACCUUAGCCGCAUUGUGGUCAGACAGUAUUGCGAUUGCGUUAACGGCGCUCGAUAUCGUCACGGUCUCCACAUCCUGCGCCGGAUUAUGCUCCGCUGCUUUGGCAGCGGUACUUUCAUCUAUCUCGGUUACAAUAUGAUCGAUCGAACGUGGGCUAAGGUCGGUAUCAUGCUGGAGUUCAAGUGAGGGAGUUGGAAGAUUGGGUGUCGAUGGGCAGGCUUCACUCUCGCAAUGGGCCGUCUCGUCAAGUACAGGAGCCGGUCCGACAGAUCCACUAGUUUCACCGACCGCUUCUUGAACGAGCGUAGAGGAGAGCGGAACAGGUAUCACCACCCAUGAUGGCAAAGGAGCGACAUCAUCCUUUGGUGGCAGAGGGGGAGGGAGAUCGCAGUCCCCAUUAUAAUCAUUAUAACUCUUGCCCUUCUCAUGAAUGACCGUAACGCGGUCCCGACCGGCUUUGCUCCUUUCGCGACUCAGUCCUUUAAACCUUCUUCUGGUGUGACGCUGUUGGAAGUUUAUGGUUCGCUCCCGCAGAAUACGAAGACGAGCGCUGAGUGACACUAUUUUCCGCGCUACAUACUGUUCAGGACUGACGCUCGAAAAGGAAGAUAAAAAGGACGUGCUGAUCAUGACUGGGGAAUAUUUAGUUGGCUAGACAAUCUUCUCAAAUGAUGUUGAACCGAAGGUGAGGAUAAUCGGUGCCGGGGCAAGCAAUUAGCACACAUAAAGGUGAUGCUUGCAGAUCAUGGCCCAAAGACCAGACUGAAAGCUGCUGGCACACCAAACUAUCCGACAGGAACAAGAAUCGCAAAGAGGGGGGUUUAAAGGAGCUCCGUUGGGCCCCCAUUCAUCUUAAAUCCCUCCUGGUGGGGCGGGGGACGUCGGGAAAUCUGCCUACUGGCCUUCAUCUGCCCACACGCCGCAAUUAGGAAUUUCCAGUCUAUGAGCGGCGGGAAAUUCUUCUUGGCCCGCCAUGCUUCUCAAAUCAUGCAGUAAGAAACUGCAAAAGGGAAGAUAGCCCAAACCACCACGAUUCCUGCAUGUGCUCUUGGCUUUUGCUUCCGAUUGCCGCGGAUAAAAACAAUGGCAGGCGGAAGGGAGAAGGCGAAC